AUGGGAUCCACUGGGCAAUCCACUCUUCCUUCGGAUUUCCUCUGGGGCUUUGCAACAGCUGCAUACCAGAUUGAGGGAGGCGCUAACGAAGAUGGUCGCGCCCCGUCGAUCUGGGAUACAUUCUGCAAGAUCCCCGGCAAGAUUGCGGGCGCCGGAACUGGAGAUGUAGCUUGCGACUCGUAUCACCGCACACACGAGGAUAUCGCGUUGUUGAAAGAAUGCGGUGCUCAGGCAUACCGGUUUUCUCUAUCAUGGUCCCGCAUUAUCCCUCUCGGUGGCCGGAACGAUCCAAUCAACAAGAAAGGCAUACAGUUCUACCAGAAGUUCGUAGAUGACCUGAUUGAAGCGGGCAUCACGCCCAUGAUUACCCUCUUCCACUGGGAUCUUCCGGAUGAGCUUGACAAGCGCUACGGUGGACCUCUCAACAAAGAGGAAUUCGUUGCUGACUUCGCACACUAUGCUCGCGUGGUAUUCGAGGCCUUUGGAUCCAAGGUCAAGUACUGGAUUACCUUCAACGAACCUUGGUGCAUUAGUGUUCUUGGAUACAAUAAUGGUUCCUUUGCCCCGGGUCACACGAGCGAUCGCACCAAGAGCGCUGUGGGAGAUAGCUCGACUGAGCCAUGGAUUGUCACCCACAGCCUGCUAAUUGCACACGGAGCUGCGGUGAAGAUUUACCGCGAUGAAUUUAAAGAACGCGACGGUGGUGAGAUUGGCAUUACGCUGAACGGUGACUGGGCCGAGCCCUGGGAUUCUGAGAACCCAGCCGACGUGGAAGCCUGUGACCGCAAGAUCGAGUUCGCUAUCUCAUGGUUCGCUGACCCAAUCUACCACGGCAAAUACCCAGACAGUAUGAUCAAGCAACUUGGCGACCGCCUACCGAGCUGGACUCCGGAGGAAAUUGCCCUUGUCCAAGGCAGCAAUGACUUCUACGGCAUGAACCACUACUGCGCGAACUUCAUCCGCGCCAAGACAGGAGAGCCGGAUAUCAACGAUAUCGCGGGUAAUCUAGAGCUUCUACUUGAAGACAAGAAUGGCGUGAGUGUCGGGCCUAUCACACAAUCGCCUUGGCUGCGACCAUCUGCUAUCGGAUUCCGGAAGCUGCUCAAGUGGCUCAGUGAGCGAUACGGCUAUCCUAAGAUCUACGUCACCGAGAAUGGAACUAGUGUCCUGGGCGAGAACGAUAUGCCCCUUGAGGAGCUGCUCAAUGAUGAGUUCCGUGUACAGUAUUUCCGGGAUUAUGUCGGUGCUAUGGCUGAUGCGUAUACCCAUGACGGUGUCAAUGUGCGGGCUUACAUGGCUUGGAGUCUUAUGGACAACUUCGAAUGGGCUGAGGGCUACGAGACCCGCUUCGGUGUUACUUUUGUCGACUAUGAGAACGACCAGAAGAGAAUCCCAAAGAAGAGCGCCAAGGAGAUUAGCCAGAUCUUUAGUCGGUUGAUUGAGAAGUCCUGA